ACAGCAGAUGUUUUAAACACAGUGGUUCUACUGCUGCUCAUGCUGAUCAUAGCUCCACUGUCUGCAAACCUACAGCUCGAUGGGGAGACACUCUCAGAAGCUCAACAGGGUAUUUUUUAGUUAUCUCCGUGUGCUUGUAGGUGUCUCGUCACAUGGUGUGAUCACGUCUUCCUGGUCACAAUGGUGCGGUGCCAUGGUGAGAGGGGAACAGUUGUUGUUCUCUUCUGCAUGUGCCUCUGCAUUCAUGUUAUUGCAGGCAAUAUAUACGGUAACUGGAAUAAGUGAAUUUACAUUUACAAAAAUGUGGGACAAAUGAAUUUUCUCAUGAAAAUUAGAAAUCGGCUGCCAUAAAAUGAUGCCUGUAAACUUGAAACUAAAAGGUUUGGAGAUGUUUGGGUGAGCAGUUCCUGGAUGGGAUUGUGAUGAGCUUUCUCUUCCAUCUGUACAGAUUGAUGUGUUUCUAAGAUGCUAACAAGAAACUUUCAGCAGGUUAAUUUAAACCGAGAGGAUGGUUAUAGAGUUCCAUAGUACUGGUGUAAAGUAAAUGGAUAGUAACUUAUAAUGGUCGUGAAUAUUUUUAUGUGAAAAACACCUUUAUACUUGAUAGUUAAGGAAUUACUUUGUGUGAAGGGAGUAGUUUGUGUUUGAUGGGAACAUAAGAAACCAUAGUAACGUUUUAUACUGUCACAAGAUGAAAAUGGUAAAACUGAUCAUUAAAAUGUUAGUUACCUCAUCCUACUAAUAAGUAGAAAACAAAAAUUAUUGCCUUUGCUCCCACGUGCACUGGACCAGAGUGUCACGCUCUGCAGUAAGCUACAUUACAGAAAACAUGCAAAGGAAGCAGCAGCAGAGAGACAGAAGAUAUGCUUACUCCUCUGAUGCAGGUAAUUUGUUUUGGUCUUUAUUUAUGUGGCAGAAGCCAGUGGCAAGACGCUCUUUCCCCCACUCAGUGUGUCACUACUGGGAUAUCAGACCUGCUCAGGGCCGCUGUCCCCUUGGGGUGAUAAUUAUCUGAUGGACCUUCAGAGGGCAGAGUGGAUUUGGAGAGAGGUCUGCUGUGAAGAUCCUGAAGUACCAAUGAGGGGUUUUUACAAAUAUAUUCUGCUGGUGUUCCCCUUGUCCUGUAUGGUAUUUGGUUGGAUUUUUUAGGGUGUUGUUUUUUUUUUUUUCUUUAAUACAGUGUAGAGUGUCAGGAGAGUCGAGGAAAUCUGCUCCUGCUGAAUGGGCAGCACUGGAAGUGAACAGGUUUAGGAGAAGCCCUGUCAUUCCUCACCUGUAAAGCAGCUUCAGAGUCAUGAGGAAUGGUUGGAAUGUAAAUUCUUGGUUGUGCACCCACCAGCUUUGGACCUUGGGAAGCUUGAGAUGUUUAUUCUCAUGUGGGCAGAAUGUGGAAGUUCUGAGACCAUGGAGUGUGAUACUGCAUGUUAAUAACAGCUCAAAGAUACAUCACAGUUCUCUAGCAACUUCCCUCUUCAGAGUUCUGGCAUUUUGCUGGCUCACCAAAUGACCUCGAAGGUAGUUAAGUCUUCAUGUCUUCACAAGAAAGGAACAAGUGGGGGAAUUUGCAUAUGACCUAAAAGACACAGCUGUUGACCUCAGGGUACAAUACAAGUCAGUUGUGGCCUGUGGCUCUUCCUCGGGAGUGGGAAGGGGGUGGCAGGUUGGCUGGUGGACUGUGCUGCUGCUCAUGCUCCCAGGCUGGAAAGUGGAUUCAUAGCAGCACUUCCAGCAACCUGCUCUGAGCUACCUAUGAAAAUAAAGUUUCUUAAACUAUUUUCAGCAAAAAUUGUUGUAGCUAAUCUCAGGCUCUGCACAGAGAGGUGUUUCUCUGUUCCUGGCAGCGUGUUCCUGUGCUGGUGUGCGAGCUGUGCAAAACUUUGCCCCCUGAGGAGCUUUUAUUUUAAGAAGAGCAACCCCAAGAGAUGAAUAUUUCAGCUUGGGUUUCUAGUCUGGUUUGUCUGGUGCUGUGUGCAUCAGCUGGUCUUUCCCCUCUUAAUGCCUGCUUGGAACUUUCUGCCUGAUUUGUGAUGGUUCAUUUGGAGAGGUGUCUGACAGAACAUGAUGUUUCUACAAGUCUUGCAAGAAGUCAGCACCCAGGAUGAGAGGGAGGCCUCGGUAGUGCCCUUGUGCAGUGUGGAUAUAGGCUUAGUGCCUGGGUUGCUCAGUGGAUUAUUCAGAUUUGGGUUUGUUACAAAUCAGAAGCUGUUCUGGUGAAGAACUGGUGGAUGCAACACAAGAUCCAUCACUGAAGAGCUGUGGUUUUGAGGCCUUGUAACUUUGCCACCCCAGUUCCUGCCUUUAUCAAAAUUUGCAUAUUUCUACAGUUUAUUUAAUGUAUGCAAAUUUCCAUUUUAAAUUACUGUUUCAACUUGGAAAAAUUUGAAAAGAGUGACUCAGCACUCCUAGCUAAGAAGCUAAAGGCUGAGAACACAUUUGAGACUUUUCCAGAAGCUUUCCUGUAGAUGAGGCAAAACCAAAGCUUUUGGCCUUUUUAUGUACAGGGGAACCAGGAAGAACAAAGUUUGCAGUCUGGUGUGCUCUUGCCUUUCAGGUUGUAAGGAGGGGAUAUCCUUAAGCUGUGAAAUUUGAAAGAUCAGGAUACUUUUUUACUUCAGGGAGGCAAUUUCCUUUGAUUAUUACUGCCUGCUGGUAACACUCUGUGAAUCUGAACUCUCCACAGUGUUAAUUAAAAUGAUAUGGAGCGUCCUCUGUCUUGUCAAUCUCUCAUGAAGAUUCUCUGGUUUUUCCCCUUUGCCUUCCUCAGAAAAACUGCUAUUCUUUUAAUGAAGGUGAACUAGAAAGUAGGAGUCCCAACACUGUAAUUGUUUAGGUUGAAAUCGUUCCCUGGCAUACAAAACAGGGCAGACCUCAAAGUAGCCCGGAGCAUCUUUUCUUGAGUCUCCUGUGCCAGCAGCCCUGUGAUUACUUGAGAGCCCAAGUGCUGGCUUUUAAAGUACAUAUUUCUGCAUGGUGGUAGCAAGAGAUAUGGGGAAGUAGGAAUAGAAAGCCUCCAAAACACAAGGGCUGAUGAAAACCUAAAUUUAUUCUUUCUUACUGUCAGUAUAGGUUUAAAAAAUAAUAUUUCUUAGGAGGCUGACAUGUUGAUUUACAUGUUUUAGGUUGGCAGUUGAUGUACAUGUCCUGAAUUUCCAACCUAUUCUGAGUGUUAGAAACAGAAGUGUAUUCAAAAGCAUGUAACCUAUGUGAUAGCAAAGCACUAUGUCUAGAUAGCCAGGUCAGCCACAAAUAUUAUAUAAACAAUACAUUGAAUAUAUGGUACUACACUUGUUUCUUUUUAGAUUUCCUUUUUUUUUUUUGUUUCCUGUCUCAGGUCCGUUUCAUGAACUUUAUUUUCAGCAAAAAUGCGUUGUUGUUAAUCUUGGCUGAAAUUUUCCUAUGGAACGGCUGAAUUGAGGAUAAAGAAUAUAUCAACAAAACUUCAGAGUGCAUACAUUUUCCCCAAGUGUAAUUUCGGAUGUCACAAUCUCUUUUUUUAGCACAAGUCCAAAAUGGAUGAACUUUGAAACAUAAACCUUUAGUGUUUAAAGAGAGCUUGUUCUCAAGGAAGUCUGGGGCCAAGUUCCUAAGAGAAAAAGACGUUUUAUAAGCAGUCAGAGCCCUCCUAAAUGGUGUCAGUGGAUGUGAGCUGCGAUCCUGGGGGUAGCCACCUUUCCCUGACACCUGAUGGCACGUCUUCUGAUGCGGGACCCCCAAGAACACAUGGUUGCCCAGGUGAUUUGGAUGAAGAUGUCACACACUGGAUGGUUUGCAGAGAUCCUGCUACAGGAACUGCCUUCAGAAAACAGCACUACACUGGUUUGAACCAUUUCUGAUGCCUGAAAACUUGGGAAAAGGAUUAUGCUUUUUCUCUUAAGAAGUUUAAUAUUCAAAAUGCAGUAGAAGAUUUUGCACUGCUGAGAACUAAUCCAGGACAGCAGAAGGUGCAGCAUGCUGGCACAAGCUUCUCACCCUGCCUGCUCACAGCAGGCAGCUGGUGGGGGGUCACUGCCUGCUCCUGCCUGCACGGGGGUUUAGUUACUUUGGCUGUUUUGUGGUGGAACCUUUGAUGAGAAAGUAAAGUGGGAGAACUCUUAAAAAUAGCAGCAUGUGUUGCUUUUGGGUGAUCGUGUCUUGCGAGAAGUUGGUAGCAUCUCUGAAGAGACCUCAGCGCUGGGUGGUUACACUUACAAAUUAAAUAUAACCAUUUCUACUUGCCAGAGGAUCAAAAACAAAGUUGAAAAAGGCAGAGUGGAUGCCUCAGCUGUUUCACUUUUCUCCUGCGUGCAAGUAAAUUGUCAAGCUCCCCCUGAGCACUGUUUCUUUAAUGACUAAAAAGAAAGCACUUCAUGUCAUUCCAAAGAGUAAAUACAUCAAGUUAUGGAUUAACUAAGUUCCAGCAGAGCUCAUGGUGGAAGAGUAGAUCACACUGAAUAAAGCAGUGAUCCUGCUGCAGUAUGUGGAAGUUCGUCACCGUCGGGGUGCUGUUGGCUGCUUGCUCGUCACGGCUCUGUAGUACCUCAAUAUUCUACAACAAUAAAGAUGCGAACCAAGUCCUAAAGAUCCAGAAGAGGGCGAACUCUUUUCUGGAGGAGCUCAAGCCGGGUUCUUUGGAGCGUGAGUGCAAUGAAGAGCUCUGUGACUUUGAGGAGGCCAGUGAGAUAUUUGAAACCAGGGAAGCAACACGAGAUUUUUGGAGCAAGUAUGUAGAUGGAGAUCAGUGUGAACCGCAGCCUUGUUCCAAUGGGAUCUGCAAGGACAAUAUUGGAAAAUUUUCUUGCAUUUGCAACAAAGGCUGGGAGGGGCUUUUGUGCAAUUAUGAGGUCAAAUACACCAACUGUUCUGUCAAUAACGGAGGAUGCGACCAUUUCUGUAGGGAUGACCCUGCCAACCAGUGCCGCUAUUGCAGCUGCGCCUCCGGGUAUCAGCUGAUGAACGACCAUACAAUGUGCAAGCCUGUAGUGGAGUUCCCCUGUGGAAGAGUGAAAAUGGAUUAUAUUGAAGGCAAAGCAGAAUUCAAUAUUCGGCUCAUUGAGGGAAAAGUAGGAAGAAGGGGAAUCAGCCCUUGGCAGAUAAUGCUGCAAAAUAGCAAAGGGAAAUUUCUGUGUGGAGGUGUUCUCAUCCAUCCAUCUUGGGUCCUAACAGCAGCACACUGCACUGAGGCAGAAGAGGGGCUCAAAGUAAGAGCUGGUAAAUUCCACCGUCUCCGUACUGAGGCAGAAGAGCAAACCAUUUGGGUUGAUAAAUACGUGAUCCACGAAAAUUACACCAAGGAGACCUCGGAUAACGACAUAGCCAUGCUGCACCUGGCCGAGCCCGUGAUGUAUAACAAAUACGUGCUCCCGAUCUGCCUUCCCACCCGUGACCUGGCAGAGCAGGAGCUGACGAGGAACAGGAGGCAGAUGGUGGUAACUGGCUGGGGCAGCACAAGUGACGUGAACAACAAUUACUCCACUUUCCUCAGUUACAUUGAAAUCCCCAUGGUGCCCCGCAACGAAUGCGCCCAGGCAAUGAGAUUUGCCAUCUCUGACAACAUGCUGUGUGCCGGCAGCUUAGGGGACAAAAAGGAUUCUUGCAGUGGAGACAGUGGGGGCCCCAUGAUCACUAAAUAUAGAGAUACUUGGUUUUUGGUAGGACUGGUGAGCUGGGGUGAAGGCUGUGGGAGAAAGGAGAAGUUUGGAGUCUACACCAAGGUUAGUCAGUAUCUGGAGUGGAUCCAGCACCACAUAGAUGAGAUGUCAGCUUCUUGGAAGGGUUGAUUCUGAUACCCAGAGUCUAGAAUAUUGUGGCUAUGUGCUAGUGACAGUCUGCAGUGUAAUGUCCUGUCAGAUCUUCAGUAUUAAAUAUUGAGUAUAUGUUAA